ACUGAAUACGACUGUCAGCCUGGUUAUUCGAAAACACAUUUGUGGUCAUCGAGGGCCUAUUGCCGAUCGGAUUGGGUUGAAACAGAGGAUGUCAACCUGCAAACUCGGAUGCAUGUGUACUUCCAACAUGAUGGCACACCUGAGCCAUUAUCAUAAUCGUGUGCGUAACUACUUGGACACCUGGAGUAACAAUCGUUGGAUCGGUCGUGAUGGGCCUAUAUCUUGGCCUCCUAGAUCACCAGAUAUGACACCGAUGGACUUCUUUCUAUGGAGCUACGUUAAGCAAGAGGUUUAUAGAUAUCCGCCAUCUACCUCGGAAAAUAUGAAGGAAAGGAUUAAGGAUGAUUUUCUGAACAUAAGGGAACACAUGCUGAGGGAAGUGCAACGGUCAUUUAUCCAAAGACUACGGCUGUGUAUUCAACAUGGUGGAGAUAUUUUCGAGCAGUUUUUAUAGAUUAGGUCUUGAGUAGUGAUAGUUGUUUGUUUAUGUUGUUGUUAUAGUUGUUUUUCUCUAUUACGCUUGAAGCUGAUUUAUACUGUUCUGAUUAUUAUUAGUUUUUACGUCAAAUCUGUACUCUUAGUGGCAAUAUGGAACUAGAUCACUGUUUGUCUUUUAUUUCCAUGGAUCAGGGCUGUCCAACAUACGGCCCGCGGCCGCAUGCGGCUCGCGAACUCCUUUCUUGCGGCCCGCUUCACGGGUCAUGUAUACAUG